AACCGUCAUUGCACUGGAAGUGAACAUCCAAUAACCAUGACAGCACGACAUUCCCUGCAACCCUUCUUUAAUCUGAUAAACAUGGCACAGAGAAGGGGGGGAAUUCUUUAUAUGCAUUUCUUUGGGUUUUAAGUUAUAAACAACAGGAAUUCAGGAUCAUGUGAGAAGAGAGAUGAUGAAAGAAACAGAAUGCAGGAAGUCAGGGGAAUACAAGAGGCCAGGAUCGGAUGGGAUCCAUUCCAGGACAUGAAAGGAAGUGACUAAACUGAUACAUGAAUGUUACCUAAUAAAGAAACACAAAUGGAGAGCGGAAGACACCAAGGACUGGUCUGAAGAGCAGGUAAUGGAAGCAACACAGAUCAGUAUGUCACAAGCCUCACUAGUCAAUGGCAACAUCAGUGCUAAAAUGAAGAGAAACAAACCUCGUGUGAUGUCUAAAAGUGGUCACAGCAAUAUCAGAAUUGACAAAGUAGAUGGUAUUUACCUGCUUUAUCUUCAGGAUCUGUGGACCACAGUUAUUGACAUGAAAUGGAGAUACAAACUUACAUUAUUUGCUGCUACUUUCAUCAUGACUUGGUUUCUGUUUGGAGUCAUUUACUAUGCCAUUGCAUUUCUUCAUGGAGAUCUGGAAGAGAGCAGAUACCCUCACAAACAUGUCCCUUGUGUCAUGAAUGUAGAUUCACUAACUGGGGCAUUUCUCUUUUCUUUGGAAUCCCAAACAACCAUUGGUUAUGGCUUUCGGGUUAUCACUGAGGAAUGUCCACAUGCUAUUUUUCUCUUGGUGGCUCAGUUAGUUCUCACUACGUUGAUUGAGAUUUUCAUUACUGGAACUUUCCUGGCCAAAAUUGCUAGACCUAAAAAAAGGGCUGAGACCAUUAAGUUCAGUCAUUGUGCUGUCAUAACCAAACACAAUGGACAGCUUUGCCUUGUAAUCCGUGUAGCAAAUAUGAGAAAGAGCCUCCUGAUUCAGUGCCAGCUAACUGGAAAGCUUCUUCAGACCUAUGAAACCAAAGAAGGAGAAAGGAUUCUGCUAAACCAAGCUAGUGUCAAAUUCCACGUGGAUUCAUCAUCAGAAAGCCCUUUCUUGAUUCUACCUCUGACUUUUUACCACAUUUUGGAUGAGAGCAGCCCUUUAAAUGACCUGACACCCCAAAAUCUAAAGGAAAAGGAUUUUGAACUCAUUAUCCUUUUGAAUGCCACAGUAGAAUCCACGAGUGCUGUAUGCCAGAGCCGAACUUCAUAUAUUCCAGAGGAGAUCUUCUGGGGUUUUGAAUUUCUGCCUGUGAUUUCUCUUUCACAGAAUGGAAAAUAUGUUGCAGAUUUUAGUCAAUUUGAGCUGAUCAGAAGAAGCGUCGACUGUACAUUAUACAGUACGGACCCUGAAAAGCAAAAAUUGGAAGAGCAAUAUCGAAAGGAAGAUCAGAGGGAGAGAGAACGCAGAACCAUGUUAUUACAACAAAGUAAUGUUUGAUGGCUCAUCUAUAACAAUUUCUACUGUAUAUAACAUUUCUAUCUGAAAGGCGUUUACUCAAACACUAUGAUUUUAUCAGACUGUGUUAUUACUUCUUUUUCAGUUUUUGUGUAACAUAUGCCACAACAAUGGGAAAGGGAGGUAUACUUUGGGAGUAUAGAAACCUGCCUUAAUAUGAACAAGACUGUUAUUAUGACUAGCAGUGGCACACCAGAGUUCCAGAUAGGAAAUUUCACUAGCAAUAUCUGGAACUGGAUCCAUGACAUCUACUGGCAUCUUUCUCCAGAGCGACAAUGAAGUAGAAUGGUUAGCACAUUGAUAUUGUGCUGCCAAUGCCUUUGUGAUCUGCAUCACUGGUGAUGAGCUAUGCUAUUUUGUCCACUAUAACCCAGGGUAGAAAGUCAAUAGCGUUAAUGGCUCUACUUCUUAACUCCAAGACUCCCUUCCAUCUUGCCAUUAGAGACAGGAUGUGGUUAGCAUGUUGAUCUCCAGAGCUAUACUAUCUUCCUAUUGGUUAGUGUUUGAUAUAUGACAAUUGAUUUUUAAUGGUUGUGCCUGAGGUUUGAUAUAUUGAACAUAUUUUUCCAGAUACAAAAGUUUGAUAUUUUGAACAUAUUUCUCCAGAUAUAAAAAUCUACAUUGGUGUUUGUUUUAGAUAUAAAUAGCAAUUUUUUAAAGUUUAUUGACAGGAAGUAUUAUGAACACUGGUACUUUGUACAGUACAGUACAGUGACACCAAAGACAGUUUGUGUGAUUAUGCCAAACUUCUUUUGUGUGGAUCUAUUUUACUAAACUGACAUUUUUUUUCUCUUUGUCCAGUUUAAAUUUGUACAUUAUUGAUAAUGCAUAAGGUCAAGAUCAGAACGGAAAAAUAGAGGAAGAUCAAGCUUUGCUCUGAGUUCUCUCAUCAGCACAUUAUUGAUCAAAAGCUUAAUAGGAAGUUCUCAUAUUUUUACUUGUACCCCACCCGUAUUAUUUUUAUAAGUAGAUCAAGGUGCAACCCUAUCCAAUAAACCUUCCUUCUCCUAUUGUCCCCAGAACAACAACCUUCUGAGGUGGGUUGGGUUGAGAGUGAGUAAUUGGCCCAAAGUCACCCAGCUGGCUUUCAUAACUAAGGGAGGAUUUGAAUUCACAGUUUCUUGCUUUCUAGCCUGGUGCCUUAACAACUAGACCAAACUGGUUCUUAUGUAAACAAUGGUUUAAGGAAAGUGCCUGUACACAUCCUUUUUGUGGUGAUUUUAGAUGACCAAGAAAGAACAAAAUAAAUUACUCCAUAACCUUUUUCUUGAAUACAAACUUCUUUUUGCCCAGAUAGUCUUCAAUUUACUCACCAAUGCAAGUGAUCACGUUUCUCUCUCUCUCUCUCUCCCUCUCCCUCUCCCUCUCCCUCUCCCUCUCCCUCUCUCUCUCUCUCUCUCUCUCUCUCUCUCCCCUCCCAUACUUUGAAGGACAGAUUUAAAAACAUGUAAGGAUGGUGUUGAAGACUACAAUCAUAUAGGGGAAAUUCUAGUAAUAAUAUUUUGCUUUUAAGAAGUAAUCUAUUUUAAAAAGUUGUUUAGCUUUGCUUUAGAAAACUGUUUAAUGCUCUUAAAUAAAGGAUUCUGAAAUAGUUACUGGCAAUAUUUGUUUGAACAUGUUGUCUGUGAAUGCCUGCUGUGAUAUUAAUAGUACAUGUAUAAAUGGUACUGUCAGCAAUUAGUUUUUGCAGACAACUGUGUCACAUGUCUCUAGUUACUGUCUGCUUGCAUUUUCAAAGCAUAAGAAAAACCAUUUCCCCAGUUGUGUAUUGUCCUGGUAAUACCACAUUUUGGCAAAUCAUCCCAAUCUCAUUGUUCCUAGAUCUAUCUGCCUUCUGACAUUCAGAUCUACCCUUGGGCUUAUUUCAUAACCAGCUUUUCUUUUAACUUUGAACAUUAAAAUGACAUUGACUGGCUUUACUCUUUGAUUGCUACUUUUCUGAAAAAAAAAAAAAUUGACAGAAUUUAUAACAAAGUCAUAUUUUCUUGUGGUUAGACCAGUGGUUCUCAACCUUCCUAAUACCAUGACCCUUUAAUACAGUUCCUCGUGUUGUGGUGACCCCCAACCAUAAAAUUAUUCCUAAAACCAUUGAAAAUAUGUGUUUUCCGAUGGUCUUAGGCGACCCCUGUGAAAGGGUCGUUCGACCCCCAAAGGGGUCCCAACCCACAGGUUGAGAACCACUGGGUUAGACUAUUAUAUGGAUUCAGAGUUCAGUAUCAGUCUUAUAUAGCAGAAGAUAAACAGAUGUUCUUCUUUUUAUAUAAAAAUAGCUAAAAAAGAAAAUAUGGAAUAAUUAUUUAUUUGACCUGGUAAAAAUCAUAAAGAAUUUGCAGAGUUUCUAACAUAAAAAUUGCUGCAGAGGUUUAUUUUUCUCCUUCUGAAUGUCUUGCAAACAUGUUUAGAUUACUUACUUAUUGUGUCAUAAUAUGUAAGGUUUAAGUUAGAACAGAAACAUUUCCUUUUUAAUUAUUUGACAUUACUAGCCAUAAUCCAUAUUAGAUAAUAUCCCUGCAUUAAAUAUGCAGAUCCUGUGUAAAAAUAUAAUAAAAUGUAUCUUGCCCUACUUUAAUCCUUUCAGUUAAGUUAAUAGGAGAGGGUAAAUAAUUCAUUGUUUAGAAUUUGGACAUGGACAUAGUUAUAAUUCAACAACUAUGAUUCCUUAUGUUGAAUCAUUAUAUCAACUGAGAACCUUUGCUACUCAAAAAUAAUUUAGUAAUAGUGUCUCAAUAGCUUACUUAUAGUUGUGGCACAUCCAAUUGCAAUGGUGAAGGCACUGAAGCCCUGUCUAUCCUUAUUAUUUGAGCAGGGUGUGUGGGGGUUAUAUUACAAAAAUAACUUUUUAAAAGAACAGAUUUGACUCUGAUGGUCCAUAUUGAUUAAUCAGUGAUUGAGAUAAUGCAAAUUCAUGGGAGAAUAAUUAGCAUAUUUGUUCCAUGCAUCCAAAAUUUUGGAGACGGUGUAAUAGUAUCUGAGAAUGAGCUUGGGAGACAGGAGGGAGAAUCACAGACUGGGCAACUGGUAUGUAAAAAGUAUCUUGGCCCAUGAAAGGAGGAAACAUUAUUUUUCAUGCUCUCCCUCAUUCUGUGAGCUACUUUUAUAUGGUCUGAUGUCUCCUUUCUAUUACCUAAGAUCAUUCCCAUGUACAUUAUAGAAAAUUAGUCCAGGCCAUGUUUAGUUUGAGAUGUGAAUUGAAUGCCUUAAGCUUAUAAAGAAGAAGAUAUAAACCUUUCUGUCUUACUAACUUGAGACUGUUUACUAAAGGGGAAUUCUAUGGGACUGGAAUAGUACAGUAACUGAUGUACAUACCCAGGCAUCUUUGAUAUGCCUCUCUGGUCUGGCGUGAUAAUAUUUUAUCUAGAGGAGACUAUAGUCUAGUUUAGACAUUGUUCCAGAUAUUUGGUAUUGUUUGUACAGACUCAGUUUUAAAUCUAAUCAUGAUUUAAUCUAAAUCAUUAAUAAAAUGUAAAUUUGAGACAUGAA